AUGAGCCUCCCGAUAAGGGAAAAGAUGGAAGAAACUACUACGGCCCAUGCAGCUUUUGAAGACAGACUGGAGGAUAUCGAAAAGAGGCUGUCACUGCACGAAACCAAAAUCACGGACGCAGAAGAUAGGUCCCGACGCAACAAUAUCAGACUCAGAGGGGUCCCGGAGGACGUGGGAACUCAGGACUUAACGGCCUUCACCACGGAGCUGUUCGGUGCGGUCUUACCGGACAUACCCGCUGACAUGCUCUUACUAGACCGCAUCCACAGAAUCCCCAGGCCGCAACACUUACCACCAACCACGCCUCGAGACGUGCUCAUGCGGCUCCAUUAUUACCAUGCAAAGGACCAAAUCCUCCGAGCACACAGAGCUAGAAAAGACCUGCCUGAUAAAUUUAAAUCCAUCCUCCUAUUCACGGACCUGUCGGCGGAAACACUUUGGCGAAGAAGAUCCUUCAAACCCGUUGCAGAGGCUCUCCGACACCACCGCAUCCCCUAUAGAUGGGGCUAUCCAGCGAAACUCCUCAUCACUAAAGGAGAGAAACUUCUCACAGCCGCCUCACCGAAAGAAGGCCUGGAGCUGCUGCACAAAUGGGACAUAGCCCCAAAUCUACAAGCAACAGGCCUACGCAAGACACAGGGCACCGACGGACGUCCACAGAGGCAGCGGUGA